GGAUAUUUUACAAAAUAAUUCUGGAAAUGAAUGUUAUAGUUUUAUUUUGCAGUAUCUUAGAAUUAAUAAAUUGUAUGAGAGGAUAUAAAAUGUCAUUUUGAUCCACACUCCAUACCAGUCGGUGGCGGUAAUACACCAUUUUGUUGUUUGUCAACCGCCAAUAAAACCUGAAGAAGAAGAAGAAGAAGAAGAAGAAGAAGAAGAACCCUUUAGGAUCUGCAGCGGCGGGCAGUCUGCGUUGCUCGGACAGUGUGCGCGCAGACUCACGUUAUUUGAACGUGAACGCGCCCUCAACUCUUAGUAUCUCUAUCUCUCUAAGUGAAGUAUCUUAGAUUAUCAUCUCCAGCUGCUCCAGCACAUCAUGGCUGAGGAGAGCUACAGGCGCGGGUUACUCGUGCUCUCAGCACUCACAGGACCACUGUCCGACCCACUGAUCUUCAGUUCUGAGCGCAACUCCUCUGUGGAGCUCAGGUGCUCUGUGGUUUCGGGGUCAGGGUUGACGUUCAGCUGGGAUAGAGAUGGCUCCGCUCUGCAUAACGACACCAAGUACCAGCUGAUGGAGGACUACAGCACUCUCACUUUCACCCUCACAAUACGCAACCUGCAGAAGUCCGACUGUGGGAGCUACAAAUGCAGAGUGUCAAACCCGGUAUCUGUGAAGGAAAGUUCUUAUGACUUGUCCAGUGGUAAGUGUCUGGUUUUUAGUAGCGACAAGUCAUUCGCAAAAAUUCACCAGCGCACCUAA